AUGUUAAAGGGAAAAGCGCAACGUACAUUCGAAGAUGUGUGGCCGCAAAUGCGCAUCAUCGUUCUUAAAUUAUUAAAACAAGAAACUGUCUCACAAGCUGAAUGGCAAGAUCUAUUUUACGGUGUUCAUUUAGUUUGUCUAUGGGACGAAAAGGGUGCAAAUAAAAUUUAUGAUUGCUUGCGUACAGAUAUUGUGGAAUUUAUAGUGCAUGCACAACGUAAAGUACAAUCUCAACGUGGAGAACAAGCACUUCUUAUGACUUAUAUAGUUGAGUGGCGUAAGUUCUUUACUCAAUCCAGCUACCUGCCGUUACCAUUUCGUCAGUUAGAGCAAUCACUACAAUGUAAAGCCACUACAAAUACGUCUAGUUCAAGUACAUCAGCUGGCAGCAGCACCAAUGUAAACUCAGGUGCAACAGUAUCUUCUUCAACUUCAAAGAAAACUCCUGCUGAAGAUAGUGUUGUGCGAAAAUUAAUGCUUGAUUCAUGGAAUGAAAAUAUAUUUCGUGAUAUAAAAGAUAGACUGCAGGAAUCUGCCAUGAAAAUAGUACACGCAGAACGAAAUGGUGAUGCAUAUGAUGCGCAAUUAGUGAUCGGUGUACGUGAAAGUUACGUUAAUCUUUGCUCCAACCCAGACGAUAAACUGGAGAUAUAUCGAGAAAAUUUUGAAGCAGCAUAUCUUAAAGCAACAACAUCUUUUUACCGACUUAAAGCAACGGAACAACAGCAAGCUAAUGGGGUCUUGUCCUUUAUGAAAUAUGCAGAUGCAAAAUUGCGUGAAGAAGAGGCACGAGCAAAACGUUACUUAGAACCCAGCAGUUAUAAUGUGUUAGCGCAAACAUGCGUUAAAGUACUUAUUGGAGACCAUAUGAAUACUAUAAUAGCAGAAUGCGCCCCGCUGAUAAAAGAGUAUGAAACGGAGCGUUUGAAUUUAAUGUUUCGACUAUUGGAUCGAUUACAAAAUGGCGUUGAGCCAAUGCUGCGGGAUUUAGAAAAUCACAUCGUAACGGCAGGUCUUGCUGAUAUGUUAUCAGCAUCUGAUAUUAUUACCCAAGAUUCCGAAAAAUAUGUUGAACGUUUAUUGGAUCUUUUUAAGAAAUUUAGUUCUUUAGUUAAAAAUGCUUUUAAUGAUGAUCCCCGGUUUUUAACGGCACGUGAUAAAGCUUUUAAAACUGUUGUAAAUGACACUAGUGUAUUCAAGUUGGAGCUUCCUACUGGUAUAGCAAACCGUGGAGUUAAAUGUACAGCUCCUGAAAGCAAAUGCCCUGAACUUUUAGCAAACUAUUGCGAUAUGUUAUUGCGCCGUACACCUUUAAGUAAACGGCUUACAAGUGAGCAAAUAGAUGGGCGCCUUAGAGAUGUGUUGCUCGUUCUUAAAUAUGUAAACAACAAGGAUGUUUUUAUGCGUUAUCAUAAAGUACAUUUAACUCGAAGGUUGAUUUUGGGUACCAGUGCCGACAGCGAGAAAGAGGAAGAUAUUGUCGAGUGGUUACGUGAAGUUGGUAUGCCAGCUGAUUACGUUAACCGUUUAGCUAGAAUGUUUCAAGAUAUUAAGGUUAGCGACGAUCUAAAUACUCAAUUUAGAAAUUCUACUGACCGUCAUGAUGCCAUUAAUAUUAAAAUAUUAAACGCAGGUGCUUGGGCUCGUUGUUCAGAACGCGUUUCAGUGAGCUUGCCUCUUGAAUUAGAAGAUUACAUUCCAGAUAUAGAAGAUUUUUAUAAAAAAAAGCAUUCCGGACGUAAACUUCAAUGGUAUCACCAUAUGAGCAAUGGUACAAUAACAUUUGCAAAUAAUUUUGGCAGAUAUGAUCUAGAUGUGACCACAUUUCAAAUGGCUGUUUUAUUUGCUUGGAAUCAGCGUCCACUUGAUAAAAUAUCAUAUGAAAAUUUACGUUUGGCUACGGAGCUGCCUGAUCCUGAGCUUCGUCGCACUUUAUGGUCCUUAGUUGCUUUUCCUAAAUUGAAAAAACAAAUUUUAUUUAUGGAACCCAAUAUUGGAACACCAAAAGAAUUUACCGAAAAUACCAUGUUCUAUAUUAAUCAAGACUUUGCUGUUGUAAAAAAUUGUAAAUCCCAACGUAGGGGAAAACUAAAUUUAAUUGGUCGUUUGCAACUAAGUACGGAGAGAUCUCAACAGGAAGAUAAUCAAUCAAUAGUGCAGUUGCGAAUACUACGUACACAAGAAGCAAUUAUAAAAAUAAUGAAAAUGCGUAAACGUAUAAAUAACGCGUCCUUACAGGCUGAAUUAAUUGACAUUUUGAAAAAUAUGUUUCUGCCGUCAAAAAAAAUGAUUAAAGAACAACUUGAGUGGUUAAUCGAACAUAAAUAUAUGCGCAGAGACGAUGAUGAUAUUAAUACAUUCAUCUAUAUGGCUUAGUAUUUUAAGAUAUUUAUAUUUUUUAGUAUAACUUUUCCCAGCAUUGCAAUGUAAAAAUAUUAAAUUA